UUAUUACAACCACAUUAAUAUUCGCUUUGCGAAAAAAAAAACCGUAUGAUCCAAUUACAUUUUUCUUAGACAAUUCGAAAUUCGUGAUCUGCUGAGGUCUGGAGCAGACCAAUCGUAAUUUUUGAAUUGGAUGAUGCUAGUAUUUUGUAUUUCAUUCCAAUAUUGAAUCAUUUUCAUUAUCUAAUCAUCUUUAUGGGUUCGAAGUACAUUUUUUUUUAUUUGGGGAUACUGACACAGAGAAAAGAGCAAUUUUCAAUCUAGUAUGUUGGUGACAUUGAUCAUAACAACUUUAUGUCAAGGAAAGGAUAACGAUUAAGGUUAGUUUGAGAUUAACAUAUAAAUAAUAAGUCUAACAGAAUCCAUAGGAAGUAUCAGAAAAAUAGAGAUACAUAUUUCUAUAAUGGGAACUUGUCUUUGAUAUUAAAUUCCAAAUUAGUUGUUACGUUUAAAUGUAAUAAUGUAUAGAAGCAAAUAUUUCAAGAGUAUUUGAUAACAUUUAUGUGCAAAAUGAUAACCCUAGCACAGCGUCUGAAAAAACAACAAGUUGAGACCAACAAAGCUCAUAGUCGAAUCUCAGUCAGAGACAAACUUUUAGUGAAAGAGUCACAAGAGUUAGCUCAGUUACUCCCACCAAAUUGUUCUGUAGAAUAUGAAAAUGAAAAUGAUUUGAGUAAAUUCUUGCUAAUAUUGAAACCUACAGAAGGAUACUGGGAGAAUGGCAUAUUUAGGUUUGAUAUUUUUGUUACAGAGGAGUACAAUAUGGUUCCCCCAAGAGUCAAAUGUUUAACAAAAUUGUGGCAUCCAAACAUAUCUGAAACUGGAGAAAUUUGUCUAUCCCUUUUACGACAACAUAGUGUUGAUGGACUAGGAUGGUCACCGACCAGAAGGUUGAAAGAUGUUGCUUGGGGUUUAUAUGCCUUAUUCACGGAUCUUCUCAACUUUGAAGACCCUCUUAAUAGUGAAGCUGCUGAUAUGUAUAAAAAUUCUAAAUUAGAUUUUCAAAGUAAGGUUGAACAAUAUGUGAAGAUGUAUGCCAAAAACUAAUUAUAUGGGUUUUUAUGCACUAGUUAUAUUCUUGAUAUUUUCCACUAUAGAUAAAUGUUUGAAUGCAAUAUAAAGCUGUCAUGAGAUGUGUUUGGAAUUUGUUUGUGAAAUACUCAUUAGAUUUUCAAUUGCAUGAGAAAGAAUUAGUCACCUCAUCAAUUUUUUUCAAUGUUUCUAAAUGUUUCAUGUUUGUUGUAUUUAACUGGGAAAUCAUAAGUGUUUUUUAAAAUUUUCAUUAUUUUGAAAAUGGACUUGAAACUCCAAAAAUCGUUUUUGAUUUCUGUUCUAUGUAUGAAACAAUAAAUUUAGUUUUAAUGAG